UAAACCUUCUCAGUCGAGAGACAAAACAAGAAAGAGAUUCAGCUCAUCUAGUGGCGACCAAAUUUCAGGAAAUGUUCAAUCAUAAGUUGAUUUUAGUUUGCUUUAUGGCCGUUCAUUGCGUCCUAAGUAUACCUGUCGAAUACCAAAUGGGUCCUGGAUACGAAGUCGUUUCUGCUGAAGCUGAAGGCGAAGACCAGGUUGUUGAAGACCUUAUGACCGCCGAGCAUCACGGUGGAUAUGGCGACUAUUACUAUCCAAACUACGGACACGGUCACUAUUAUGGCCACGGCGGCUACGGAGGCUACGGAGGCUAUUACGGAGGAUAUGGUGGAUACGAGGGACACGGACAUGGACAUCACCAUCACCACCAUCACCACGGAGGUUAUGACGACUAGUAAACUGGAUGCUUAACUUCGUUCCGAACAUCCAAGAUCAGCAAGCUGUUCUGUGCAUUGCAUUGCAAGCCUUCAGUUAUCGAUUCCUUUCUCUG